AAGAAAUGGCUACCAAAAAAUCACUAUAAGGACAUUCCGUUAGAAAAUCGGUUCAUUCUGAUACUUUUGAUGAUCAUUCAUCAAGACUCGAUUAGUUUCACUUUUUUAUAUCGAGGUUAACUAUUACAGAUAUAAAAAUCGAUAUUACUUGAGUCAAGUUGGUGAUUUUUUUUACAAGUUGGAUUCUCUGCGAACAUGUACAAGUUCUCUAAUAAUAAACGAAGCAAUUCGAUGCCAAAAGUCAGAUAUUAUUAGGUUAUGAUGAAAACGAACUGAUGUACAUACAAAGUUAACUAUUGAAUUAUAUUUUUAUUUGCACUGUUGUUUUUUUCUCUAUUUGGAGUUCUUGUUGAGCAUUUGAUGUAAUUUUAAGAUUUAAAGAAUGGAAGAGGAUACAGAAUAUUUAAAAUUACCCGUGGAAGAUCGUUGUCUGCACAAGUUGUGGAAAGCACGUUUGCAUGGUUAUGAAGAAUGCACAAAGACAUUCAGAUGUAUUGAUGAUGAGAAAUCACCUGAAUGGAAUAAAUUUCUUGGUCUCGUUAAAAAGUUUGUUAUUGAUAGCAAUGCAGCAGCACAAGAGAGAGGUUUGGAAGCAGUUUUGGCAUUUGUUGAAAAUGCUGCAGUUGCUGGAAAAACAGCCAACGAUGUAGUCAGUGGCAUUGUCACCAAGUGUAUAGCAGCACCAAAGGCAAAGACAAAAGAUUUAGCUAUACAAAUAAUAUUGAUGUUCAUUGAAAUAGAAAAACAAGAAGCAGUUCAGGAAGAAUUAAUUAAAGGAACUGAAGUUAAAAAUCCAAAAAUUGUAUCUGCAUGUAUUUCAACUUUGACACUUGCACUCAGGGAGUUUGGUACCAAAGUUAUAAAUGUCAAGCCGUUGAUGAAGAAAAUACCAAUUUUAUUGGAGGACAGGGAUAAGGCUGUUCGAGAUGAAACGAAAGCUUUAACUAUUGAAAUAUAUAGAUGGAUUGGUACACCUUUGAAAUCACAAUUGAAUGUUUUGAAACCUCUCCAAUUAUCUGAACUAGAGAUGGAAUUCAAUAAAGUUAGUAAUGAGAAAGCUAUUGCAACGAGGUACUUGAGGUCUCAAAAACCAAAAAUUAUGAGUUGCAUAGAAAAUACAAAUGACAUUAACAAUGAUAAUAAUGUUGAUGAUGAUGAUGAUGGUGUAAGUCAAGUUGAAGUAGAUCCUUAUGAAUUGCUUGAUCCCGUUGAUAUAUUGUCACAAUUACCAAAAGAUUUUUAUGAUAAAGUGGAAUCUAAAAAAUGGCAGGAAAGAAAAGAGGCACUUGAAGCUCUUGAUACAUUGUUAAAAAAUCCUAAACUUGAAAAUGGAGAUUACGGAGAAAUGAUUCGUGCUCUAAAAAAAAUAAUUUUAAAAGAUUCAAAUGUUGUUGUGGUGACUUUGUCUGUAAAAUGUUUAUGUGGUCUUGCUACUGGUCUAAAGAAACGUUUCCAGCCCUAUGCCUUAACAUGUCUUUCGGCUGUUUUGGAAAAGUUUAAAGAGAAAAAACAAACAGUCGUUCUAGUUUUGAGAGACUGUGCAGAUGCUAUAUUUUUGAGUGUUAAUGUGGAACAAAUUUUGGAAGAUUCAAUAGCUGCAUUAGAAAACAAAAAUCCAUCAGUUAAGGCCGAAACUGCUUCAUUUUUAGCUCGUUGUUUUGCAAAUACACCUCCUGCUGCCUUGAAUAAGAAGUUGCUAAAAGCAUAUACAGGAUCAUUGCUCAAAACUUUAAAUGAAUCUGAUCUUUCUGUAAGAGAUAAUUCGGCAGAUGCGCUUGGUACAGCAAUGAAAUUAAUAGGAGAAAAAGCAAUGUCACCAUUUCUAGUUGAUCUAGAUAAUUUAAAAAUGGCAAAGAUAAAAGAAAGUGCUGAAAAAGCCGUCAUUCAUGUGAAAGUUGCACCAGCGCGAAAAGCUCCUCUGACUUCGGAGAGACCAAAUACUGCACCAGCUAAAAUUGAAUCUCCAACCAAAAUUGUAACAGAACAAAAUAAUUCUAAGCUAAAAAGGCCUAAAACUGCUGCAGUAAUUAAAAAACCUUCAGCUACUCAAAAGUCCUCUAAAAUAGAUCAAAAGACUAGGAAAGUAAUGAAACAGCAGCCUCAAGCUGAAAGAAAUUUAAGUAAUGAUGAAAUUGAUGAUAUGGCAGCUGAAAUGCUACCUUCAGACAUUUUAACUGGUCUUGUAGACACUAAUUGGAAAAAUCGAUUGGCUGCUGUUGAACAAUUAAAUAACCAUGUCAAGCAAAUGGACCCAGCUCAAGUAUCAUCACAACUUAUUGUAAGGGUAUUGGCAAAAAAGCCAGGUUUUAAAGAUACCAAUUUUCAAGUGUUGAAGCUUCGUUUAGAAUUAGUAAAAAUGCUGGCAGAAAAUUAUUCAUUUUCAAAUACCGUAGCUGAAUAUUGUUUAAAUGACAUAACGGAAAAAUUAGGAGAUGCUAAAAACAGUUCGAUUGCUGCGGAAACACUAACAGCUAUUGCCGAAGUUGUUGGCUUAGAUUCAGUAGCAAACGAAAUGGCAUUAUUUGCAUCUAAUCAAAAAAAUCCUAAAGUUCAACAAGAAACACUUCUCUGGAUAUCUAGAGCUUUGACUGAAUUUGGCUUUGCAGUGAAUACCAAAUCCUUGAUUGAACACGUUAAAAAGGCAGUAAGCGCAACCAAUCCAGGUAUACGGACCGCGGCUAUAACUUUGUUAGGCACAAUGUAUUUAUACGUUGGUAAAUCGCUACUCGCAUUUUUUGAGAAUGAAAAAUCUACAUUAAAACAACAAAUUGAGCAAGAGUGUGAAAAGUUUGAAGGUGAAGUGCCUCCAGCACCUAUUCGUAACGUGAGGGGAAAGAAACAACGGUGUAAUAGUGAUGAUAAGGAUGAUGAUGAGGACGAAAUUCAAGAAUAUUCACCGUCAGCGCAAAAAAGUCUUAGCGAUGUCUUACCAAGAUCAGAUAUUAGCAGUUUGAUAACAGAAGCUUUAUUAAAUGAAUUGAGUGAUAAAAAUUGGAAGGUUCGCAAUGAAGCUCUUCAAAAAAUUGCAAAUAUUUUAAAUGAAGUUAAAUUGAUCAAAGGAUCUCUUGGAGAUUUGCCUCAAGGACUUGCUCAACGUUUGGUAGAUAGUAAUAGUAAAAUCGCGCAGAGUACAUUGGGUCUAUGUGAGAAUUUGGCUGUAGCAAUGGGGUCACCUAUCAAACAAUACAUUCGAGUACUUUUUCCUGGAUUUCUACAAUGUCUUGGAGAUUCAAAAGCAUGGAUUCGCACCGCCGCCAUUUCUUGUAUCAACAAAUGGGGAGAACAGUGUGGUUACAAAGAAUUUUUUGACGGUGAAAUGAUUGGUGAUGCUUUAAAAACUGGUUCUCCUACUCUUCGAAGUGAACUUUGGACCUGGCUUUCUGACAAAUUACCUGGAAUACCUCUGAAACAAAUAUCGAAGGAAGAACUGACCAUAUGUUUACCAGUACUCUACAGCAAUGUUGAAGAUCGUAAUUCCGAUGUGCGAAAAAAUGCUCAAGAAGCAAUACUUGGUUUCAUGAUCCAUUUAUCCUACGAAAGCAUGAUGAGACAUACAGAAAAAUUAAAGCCUGGAUCCAAAACUGCUGUGAUUACCGUUUUAGAUAAAAUUCGACCAAACUUGCCAGUAAAACCUUUGCCACCUACAAAGAAGCCCAUUGAUGAGAGUUCUUUAAAAACAGUGAAAAGUGGUGGUGCUCUCAAAGUUGCCAGCAACAAAUCAUCUGUCAAAACAAAAGGUGCCAAGUCUGCUGCUGCUACUACUAAUCGUAAAAAAGAUGACGACAUUGAUACAAGCCCUCUCUUAGCCGUGAAUAACAUGAAACACCAGCGUUCAAUCGACGAACAAAAGCUGAAAAUAUUGAAAUGGAAUUUUACAACGCCUAGGGAGGAAUUUGUUGAAUUGUUGAAAGAGCUCAUGCUUACAGCAAAUGUUAACAAAACUCUGAUGUCUAAUAUGUUUCAUUCCGAUUUUCGUUAUCAUCUUAAAGCUAUAGAUUCAUUGGCUGAGGAUUUACCAGGCAACAGUAGAGCAUUAGUAUCUAAUUUAGACUUGAUUCUCAAAUGGCUUACAUUGCGAUUUUUUGAUACCAAUCCGUCAGUACUUCUAAAAGGACUAGACUAUUUACAAACAGUCUUUAAUAUUUUAAUAGAGGACCAGUAUCAUAUGUUAGAAAACGAGGCAGCUUCCUUCAUCCCUUAUUUGAUAAUCAAAAUAGGUGAUCCAAAAGAUGCAGUACGAAAUGGAGUCAAAGCUUUAUUUAAGCAAAUAGCAGCAGUUUAUCCUGUUAGUAAACUUUUUUCAUACGUUAUGGAAGGUUUAAAAUCAAAAAAUGCACGACAAAGAACAGAAUGUCUCGAUCAAUUGGGAUCACUUAUCGAGAAUUAUGGUGUAACCGUUUGUCAGCCAUCUCCAUCAGCAGCUUUGAAAGAAAUUGCUAAACAAAUAGCAGAUCGUGAUAAUUCCGUGAGAAAUGCCGCUUUGAAUUGCAUUGUUCAAGCAUACUUUUUAGAAGGGGAAAGAGUUUACAAGCUGAUUGGCCAAAUUUCAGAGAAAGAUCAAUCUUUGUUAGACGAGCGAAUCAAGCGAGCUGCAAAAAAUCGGCCUAAUAAAACAGUAUCUACAAUAAAAAAUAAGAUACCACUGACGCAAAUAUCGGCACCUCCUAAUGAUAAUGAUGUAAAUGAAAGUCAGUAUGACGAUGAUACUGAAGAUGAACAAAAAAUUGAGGAAGAUGUUGAUGAGCCAAAGAUAGCUGUUACUCCUGAAGACGACGAUAAUAAAAAAUUGGAAGCUACUUUUAUUUGCGAAAAUAAAGGCUAUUGUGAGAAACAAAAAUUGAUAGAUGGACGUGGUUACCAUAAAAAAGAUAUCAAAUUUUUGUCUGUAACUGAAGUCGGCGAUGAAACGUAUGUUUCCGUAAAAAAUACACAAAGUAUCAAAGUAUCUGGUCCAUUUGGUUUGGAUAUGGACUUACUGCAAAAAAUCGAAACUAGCGCUCCAGCAAAGUGCCGCGUACCUAAAUUAUUAGAACCAAAUAUAGAUUUGAAUGAGACUGUGGAAAUGUUGAACCCUAGUCGUCAAAGACAAGUGAUCCCAAUAUCUCCUCCAAAACUAUUAUCGUCUAAUUCUGAAAGUAUGUCACCGUCAAAUUCUUCGGUUGGGAAAGAGGACAGUUUGGAAAGAACAGUGCUUGGAAUGGCCAGUUUAGAUCUUACAACAGCAAUACAAUCUAUGAACGCUAUGGAAAGAAUUUUAAAAUCUCAUCAAGUAUCGAUGCUACAAUCCAAGGAAGACAAAUUUAUCAGCUCUGUAAAUAUGCAAUUGAAGCUGUUACAAACUUAUCCUUUACAUCAAGGAAAUAUCCUUGUAUCAAAAGGAUUUCGAACAACUUUUAUGAUUAUCUUGACGUUUUACGAUACAGGAAUACUUGGAAGAAAUGUUCCUCUUCACCAUCUCAAAGAUCUUGUUGAUCAAGUGAUUAGUUUUUUAGCGGAAAAUAAACUCAAUCGAUUAAACGACGCCGAGGCAUAUAUCAGAGUCAUAAACACAAUAGCGGUGAAAAUCAUUGACAAUUCAGAUCAUACUACUAUAAUAUGUGUACUUAUAAAACUACUGCAUGAAAGAGCCAAUUCAAACGGUCCACCUAAAUACGAAGAUCUUGUAAUGAAGUGUUUAUGGAAAAUUGUGAAAACAAUACCUAGUUGGGCAGGAGACUUAAAUUACGAUAUGAUUCUUUUAGAAGUUCACAAUUUUUUUAAAGACUAUCCAAGUGUAUGGUGGAAAAAACAAAAGAAACCAGAUACUCCCAUGCGAACAGUCAAAACAAUUCUUCAUACAAUGACUAAAGUGAAAGGUAGCACAAUAUUGAGUCAUUUGACUCAAAUUAACAACACCAAUGAAUCAGAGCUACGUUCGUAUUUAAUGCGAUUGAUUGCGACUUUUAAACCAGAUGAAGUUGGCGCAACUGCUAAAAUACUAUCGAAAUCUUCCAUCAACAUCCAACAAGGACAGAGUCAGAAACAUGUGUCAAAAUUAACACAGCAACAACUAUCGGAAAUAUUUAAAAAAAUCGGUUCCAAAAAUCACGCCCAAGAAGGACUUGCACAAUUAUAUGAUUUUAAACUUCAAUAUCCAGAAGCAGAUGUUCAACCAUUUCUAGAAAAAUCUCAUAAGUAUUUUCAAGAUUUCAUUGAACAAGGUCUCAAAGAUAUAGAUAACACAAGAAAAAAUCAAAAUAUUUUAUCCAGUCAAGUUAAUAAUUACAAUGGUAGCGGCAUGUGAA